AUGUACAAAUCCGAUUGAUCACCAUAGAAUAUAUUCUAGAAUCCACACUCACCAAACGCGUCGCAGAAAAGGAAAAUAAAAAUAAAAAUCUCCCCCCUCUCUCAAUUGGGCAUAUAUAUCUCGAAUCAUUAGCUUUUCUUCGCGUAAAUCUCUUAUUUUUAUGACAAAAUUCACUCACCAUCUUCUCGUCCCGUGAAUCUCUUCGAUUUCUCUUCACUUUCUAGUAAUACAUACGCACAAUUACCUGUAUCUAUAUACAAUUACUAGUGAUUCGAGAUGCUAUCGGUGCAAAACGAUCUGCGGCAGCUUCAAUUGCAGCAGCAGCAGCAGAUGGUGGUGCCUAGGGUUUACAACACCGGCGAUCACAGGAAUGAUCCGUUUUUGCUGCACUCGGAGCCGGUAUCGGGGCUCCGAAUUGGCGCUGGUUUGGAUGCGAGGGAAGUGGAUGAGGACAUGCUCAUGGCUCUUGCUCAUCAAGACUACAAGGCUGGCAACUUUAAGCAAGCUUUAGAAAAUAGCAAGGCUGUUUAUCAGAGAAAUCCAAGCCGUACAGAUAAUCUUCUUCUGAUGGGCGCAGUUCAUUAUCAGUUGCAUGAAUUUGAUUUUUGCAUUGCCAAGAAUGAGGAAGCUCUGCAGAUUGAUCCUCAUUUUGCCGAGUGCUACGGAAACAUGGCUAAUGCUUGGAAGGAAAAAGGCAACAUUGAUAUUGCCAUCCGCUACUAUUUAAUCGCUAUUGAGCUUCGUCCUAAUUUCGCUGAUGCUUGGUCGAAUUUGGCAAGUGCAUACAUGCGGAAAGGGAGGAUGAGUGAUGCAGCUCAAUGCUGUAGACAGGCUCUUGCCAUAAACCCUCGUUUGGUUGACGCACAUAGUAAUUUAGGGAAUCUGAUGAAGGCUCAAGGAAUGGUAAACGAGGCAUACAACUGCUAUAUUGAGGCUCUCCGUAUACAGCCAAAUUUUGCAAUUGCAUGGUCCAAUCUUGCUGGUCUUUUUAUGGAAUCGGGUGAUCUGAAUAGGGCUCUCCAAUAUUACAAGGAAGCUGUUAAGCUCAAACCAACAUUUGCAGAUGCUUAUCUAAACCUGGGUAAUGUAUAUAAGGCUCUGGGAAUGCCUCAAGAGGCUAUCGUGUGCUACCAGCGUGCUCUUCAGGCGCGCCCUGAUUAUGCAAUGGCCUUCGGUAACUUAGCUAGUAUAUUCUAUGAGCAAGGGAAAAUGGACAUGGCAAUACUCAACUACAAGCGAGCCAUUGCAUGUGAUGCUGGGUUCUUGGAGGCAUAUAAUAAUUUGGGGAAUGCACUGAAGGAUGCUGGUAGAGUUGAAGAAGCUAGUCACUGCUAUCGACAAUGCCUUGCUCUACAACCAGCCCAUCCUCAGGCUCUUACUAAUCUAGGAAAUAUCUACAUGGAAUGGAACAUGACCCCUGCUGCUGCACAGUGUUAUAAGGCCACAUUAUCUGUUACAACCGGACUUUCUGCCCCUUUCAAUAAUUUAGCAAUCAUUUACAAACAGCAGGGUAAUUAUGCGGAUGCUAUAUCAUGCUAUAAUGAAGUUCUCCGCAUCGAUCCACAUGCAGCCGAUGGACUUGUUAAUCGGGGAAACACUUAUAAGGAGAUCGGAAGAGUUACUGAAGCAAUUCAAGACUAUCUACGAGCUGUGGCGAUCCGACCAACCAUGGCUGAAGCUCAUGCAAAUUUGGCUUCAGCUUACAAGGACAGUGGGCAUGUGGAAGCUGCUAUCAAAAGUUAUAAACAAGCUUUGGCUCUGCGCCCUGAUUUUCCAGAAGCUACUUGUAAUCUUCUUCACACGUUACAGUGUGUAUGCGACUGGGAUGGGCGGAAGAAGAUGUUUAUUGAAGUCGAAGGGAUUCUUCAAAGGCAAAUCAAGAUGUCAGUUCUUCCAAGUGUUCAGCCAUUCCAUGCAAUAGCCUAUCCCCUCGAUCCUAUGCUUGCACUUGAGAUAAGCCGGAAAUAUGCACAACAUUGUUCCGUAGUUGCUUCCCGGUUUUCUCUUCCUCCCUUUACCCAUCCCGUGCCAAUCGCUAUUAAGGGGGGUGGUAGAAACGGUCGAUUGAGAAUUGGCUAUGUGAGCAGCGAUUUUGGUAACCAUCCAUUAUCCCAUCUGAUGGGUUCUGUCUUUGGCAUGCAUGAUGUGCAAAAUGUUGAGGUUUUCUGCUAUGCUUUAAGUCCAAAUGAUGGCUCUGAAUGGAGGUUGCGCACUCAGUCGGAAGCCGAACACUUUAUAGAUGUAUCGGCCAUGUCAUCUGAUAUGAUUGCCAGGCUAAUUAAUGAGAAUCAAAUCCAAAUUCUCAUCAACCUUAAUGGCUAUACCAAGGGUGCUAGAAAUGAAAUAUUUGCCAUGCAGCCAGCUCCAAUCCAGGUCUCUUACAUGGGAUUUCCUGGAACUACAGGGGCUACCUACAUAGACUAUCUGGUCACUGAUGAGUUUGUUUCUCCAACCAAAUUUUCUCAUAUAUACUCGGAGACACUCGUCCAUCUCCCUCACUGUUACUUUGUAAAUGAUUACAAGCAGAAAAACCGAGAUGUGCUGGAUCCUGCCUGCCAACCCAAGCGAUCAGAUUAUGGAUUGCCAGAGGACAAAUUUAUAUUUGCCUUCUUUAAUCAGCUCUACAAGAUUGAUCCUGAGAUAUUCAUCACUUGGUGCAACAUUCUAAAACGGGUGCCUAACAGUGCACUUUGGCUUCUUCGAUUUCCAGCUGCAGGUGAACCAAGACUGCGUGCAUAUGCUGCUGCACAGGGAGUGCAACCAGACCAAAUUAUUUUUACUGAUGUUGCAAUGAAAAGUGAACAUAUUAAGCGCAGUGCCUUGGCCGAUUUGUUCCUCGACUCUCCCCUAUGUAAUGCACACACUACAGGUACAGAUGUUCUUUGGGCUGGUCUGCCAAUGGUGACACUUCCACUUGAGAAAAUGGCAACUAGAGUUGCUGGUUCAUUGUGUCUAGCCACUGGACUUGGAGAGGAGAUGAUCGUGAGCAGUAUGAAAGAGUAUGAAGAGAAGGCGGUGUCACUGGCACUAAAUAGACCGAAGCUCCAGGAUCUUACACAAAGACUCAAGGCAUCCCGCCUGACUUGCCCAUUAUUUGAUACUGCGAGAUGGGUAAGGAAUCUUGAAAGAGCAUAUUUUAAGAUGUGGAAUCUUUACUGCUCCGGCCAGCAUCCACAGCCCUUUAAAGUUACUGAGAAUAAUUCGGAGUUCCCUUAUGACCGCUAGUUGUAGUAGUAAGCAGAGAAGGAAAUGUAGAUAUAAAUUAAGAGAAUGUGACAAUACCCUAGGAUAGAUUGGAAUUAGGAUGGUGCUGUUGAGAUGUUGUGUACUAAAAAUGAUCAAGAUUUCCCUAAAAAUAUUAAAACUUGUGUCGGAAGUUUCCUCAUAAUUUAGUGCUUGUGCUGGAAGUUGUCACCUUGAAA